AUGAGUCCAGAGCAUAACGCGAAAGCUCGGCGGGUAGAGAUUGCGGCAAGUCGUCCGUCUCGUACGGAUUGCGACAGGGCUUGCAACGAAGGACAGACACGCGAAAACGAGCUGCCGGGCCGGAAAGAUCGGAAGGCAGGUCCAGGUAGACGAGUUUACGCGCCAACGGGCGGCCGUCCGGAGUGGCGUCGGCAGAGGUGGGACCCACCGCAAGAACUUUGUAGGGCCCCGACCCCGUCCAGGAAAGUGCGAAUUUGCCCUUGAGCACCUGUUGGUCCGUGUCCUUCUGCACACCCUGUCGAAUUGUAGCAGCCGUGUUGUAC